AGACGAACAAACCUGGCGGUUGUUGAAGAGGCUGUGAAAGGCAAAUCACCCACAACUGACACGCCGUUUGGUCUCAGUGGAUGUGUUUUCCCACUGUUAAUGGUCGGAGGAAGUCAUAUGUCACCCAGUGAAGUAACAGAGUCACGGGAUCGACCAACACUCGUGAAUUUGGCAGAACAGCUAACGUUAGCGGUGUUUUACUAGCCAGCUAACAUUACACGAACUUGGCUUGUAGAUUGCCUUGCAGCGGCUAGUUAGCAGGUCUUGCUAACGUGCUAGCUUCUGUUCGUUAGGAGCACACACUGAGUGCUGCUGGUGGGAAACCAAGAAACGAAGAAGGAGCGUUUAACCUCACCGGACCCUGUAGCGUUAGCUUCUUCAAGCUCCAAAGGAUAUCACGGUUUGGAUAACGUAGGACGACCAAAAGGAAUCGUACGAGAGGCCUGUUUGUUAUCUCAACAUUUCUGAGCCUCCCACCUUCCACCUUCGCUGCCCCUGGCUCAGUCGGUGGCUCAGCAUCACUUCAAAGGGGGAAGGUCUGUGGAGCUGCAGAUAACACGCUGUACCCCCAAGCACCGGCAGGCUUUUCCAGAGCCCCUACACAGUCCCUCGACUGACAGAAAGGAUCAACCCUUAGAGCGGGACCUGGAGUGGAGAAGACCAAUUGUGGCCCGAACAAAGACGAACAGAGAGAACUAAUGCCAAGCCCUUCUCCUCCUCAGACAGCCUAGCGAAGGUCCAGGAGGUAGCAAGCUGGCUUUUGGAAAUGAACCAGGAUCUGCUGUCGGGGGGCAGCAGCAGCAGGCGGAGUCGAGGGCCGGGGGGUCCGGCGGUGCGAGGUAACGCCUCCUCCACGGCCCGGGCACCUCAGCAGGCAGCAGAGGAGGGUGAUGAGGAUGAGCACAUGAACCGGGUAGUUGAGGAGGAAGAGCAGCUGCAGCAAAGGCCUGAGGCGUCGCAGGUUGAUGGCGAGAGAGAACCACCGUGGGCGCCAAGCGAUUCGGGAGCCAGCAACGGCCCUCGGGGAGAGGAGGAAGGGGAAGAAGACGAAGAGGGCCCUCCAAACGAAGUGAACGGAGGAGAGAAAGGAGCCCGAUGGAUGUGGGGGGCAGAGCAGAGGCGGCUGCGAGGCCAGCCGCUGGGCGAAGAGGACGAGGAGGAGGAGGAAGAGGAGGAGAACAAUAACAGCAGCAGGAACAUCAGACUUCUGCAGUUCUGA